AUGAUUAAAGAUGCCGGGCAUAUGGCCAUAGUGGCCUUGCACAUUCUACUGCUAACCAGCUGUGUCUACGCGCUUGACCUGAAUGUUGACAAUCAGGAAUCGAUCAAAGAUGCCGGGAGCACCGCCACCUACAAUAUGAUGACAUGGUACAAAGAAAAUGGGACAGACAACCCAGGUUUUAUCUCAAGAUCCUGGUGGGAAGGUGCUGCAUUGUUUCUGGCAUGUCUCAAUUAUUGGCAUGCUACUAACGACACAACCUAUAAUGAAGAUGUCAGCGUCGGCUUGCAACAUCAGGGGGGUUCGGGCGGAGACUACAUGCCUUCGUGGGCGAUAGGCGUAGGAAAUGAUGAUCAAAUGUUCUGGGGCCUCGCGGCGAUUACUGCAGCAGAAUAUAAUCUGCCGAAUCGUCCAAGUGGUGACACCUGGCUUACCCUUGCUGAAGGUGUUUUCAAUAACCAGAUAAGCCCAAAGGGAGGCGGCUGGGACACGAGUAUUUGCGGGGGUGGCCUUCGCUGGCAGAAAGAAGUGUGGCAAGGUGGUUAUACCCUGAAGAACGCGGUAUCAAACGGUGGCUUUUUUAUGCUUGCAGCGCGUCUCGCUUGGUAUACCCAAAAGGAAGAGUACGCAAAGUGGGCUGAGAAAGUUUGGGACUGGUCUACCACUUGGCAGAUAGUGUCAGUGCAGGCUCCGGGGGGGCCCGAUGGCUGCAGCCUUCCUGACAACAUCCGGUGGACCUACAACUAUGGGACUUAUCUGUCUGGCGCUGCUUAUAUGUAUGCCUAUACUAACGAUAGUAAAUGGCUUAAUAUCACAAACAACCUGAUGGAGUCAUUGUUUACUACAUUUUUCCUACCUAAAUAUGGAGGUGUGAUCACAGACCCGUGCGAAGCUUCAGGUCAAUGCUAUAAAGACGCGAAUUGGCCACUUUUUAAAGGUCUUACGGUGUCGUGGCUUGCAGAUAUUGCAUUGAUCAUCCCUUCACUUAAGGAGAAGAUCCUACCAAAACUCCAAGUCUCUGCCGAGGGUGCUGCAAAGUCAUGCACCGGCAAUGGCCAAAACCUCUGUGGUAACCGCUGGUACAGCGGAUAUGAUGGACAAAAUUCAAUGGAAAAUGCAAUCAGUGGUAGUCAGAUGAUGAGUGCUAUCAUGUUGAAAUUUUUCGACUCAUCCUCAAAACCAGUCUCGACAGCAACAGGAGGAAACGGCACAAGCAACCCGAACGCUGGUACUAGGCAAAGUUCGGGGCCUGCACAAUUGCCUACUGUCACAACGGUAGAUAGAGCAGGAGUUGGAAUCCUGACAGUGCUUUUCGUGGCUGGUAUGGUAGGCGCAGUGAUCUUUCUGUAUAAUGACCCUUGA